GGUCUAACCUGACGUAACAUAACCUGUAUUUUUUGUCUACGUUUAAUGGGUUAUAUCGUGCGUUAAACUGGAACUAGUAUUUGACAAGAAUUUUUUUGUGCUGGCAAAAUUUGGAUAACGACUGUGUACAUAAAUCUUUCCAUUUUAACUGUGUAAGAGUUAAAUAGUGACUGCAAAAUGGUUCUCGCAGAUUUAGGUCGCAAAAUUACAUCUGCUUUGCGAUCUUUAAGCAAUGCAACUGUUAUCAAUGAAGAGGUCCUUAAUUCUAUGUUAAAAGAGAUAUGUGCUGCAUUGUUGGAGGCAGAUGUUAAUAUAAAACUUGUAAAGAAAUUAAGGGAAAAUGUGCGCUUCGUUAUUGAUUUUGAUGACAUGGCAGGUGGUCUUAAUAAGAGGAGAAUGAUACAAAGUGCUGUGUUCAAAGAACUUGUAAAGUUGAUUGAUCCAGGUGUAAAAGCUUAUCAGCCUGUAAAAGGAAGACCAAAUGUUAUCAUGUUUGUUGGUUUGCAAGGUUCAGGUAAAACUACUACUUGCACAAAACUCGCAUAUCAUUAUUUAAAGAAAAAUUGGAAAGCAUGCUUAGUUUGUGCUGACACGUUCCGUGCUGGUGCUUAUGAUCAAAUAAAACAGAAUGCAACAAAAGCUAGAAUUCCAUUUUACGGGAGUUACACAGAAGUAGAUCCAGUAGCAAUAGCACAGGAUGGUGUGGAAACAUUUAAAAAAGAGGGUUACGAAAUCAUUAUUGUUGAUACGAGUGGCAGACACAAGCAGGAAGAGUCAUUGUUUGAGGAAAUGCUUCAAGUUGCUAAUGCUAUUCAACCAGACAAUAUCAUCUUUGUAAUGGAUGCGACAAUAGGGCAGGCUUGCGAAGCUCAAGCGAAAGCUUUUAAAGAACGUGUAAAUGUUGGUUCUCUAAUCAUUACAAAACUUGAUGGUCAUGCAAAAGGUGGAGGGGCUCUCUCAGCGGUUGCUGCGACACAAAGUCCAGUGAUUUUUGUAGGUACAGGAGAACACAUAGAUGAUUUAGAACCUUUUAAAACGAAACCUUUCAUCAGUAAACUGCUAGGCAUGGGUGACAUAGAAGGCCUCAUAGACAAAGUAAAUGAAUUAAAUCUUGAUGAUAAUGAAGAAUUACUUGAAAAAAUCAAGCAUGGUCAGUUUACAUUGAGGGAUAUGUACGAACAGUUUCAAAAUAUCAUGAAAAUGGGUCCAUUUUCUCAACUAAUGGGGAUGAUUCCUGGCUUAAGUCAAGAUUUUAUGUCAAAAGGUUCAGAACAAGAGUCCAUGGCUAGGUUAAAACGUUUAAUGACCAUUAUGGAUAGUAUGAAUGAUUCAGAAUUAGACAGUAGAGAUGGUGCCAAAUUAUUUAGCAAACAGCCAGGCAGGAUAGUCAGAGUGGCCCAAGGCUCUGGAGUCACGGAAAAAGAAGUCAAAGAUUUAAUUACACAGUACACGAAAUUCGCAGCUGUUGUAAAGAAAAUGGGUGGUAUUAAAGGGUUAUUUAAAGCAGGAGAUAUGACCAAGAACGUAAAUUCCACACAAAUGGCAAAAUUAAAUCAUCAAAUGGCAAAAAUGAUGGAUCCACGAGUCUUGCAUCAAAUGGGUGGCGUGCCAGGCUUGCAAAAUAUUAUGAAACAGCUUCAACAAGGUGGAGCAGGAGGACUUGGUAACUUAAUGGGUGGUUUUGGUGGGAAGUCGUGAAAAAAGAAUACAUAGGGCAGAUCCAUUUUCAGUUUCUGAUGUAUAUCUCCAUUAAACAACAUCGGUCCGAAAUAGAGGAGGGCAAGAGAUUCGAAGCAUUGACUUGACCGAGAAUGAUCUCUUGAAAGAAAUGAUACAAAUCUAGAGAGAAUUUUAUGUUUAGGGAUUUUUCUCAUCGCGAAACAAAAAGAAAUAAUAAAAAAGAAUUUUCUGUAUUAUAUACAUGUCUUUCGCAGUUUUUCGACAUUACCUUUGUAAACUCGUCUCCUUUUUUUUACUCUGCAUCUUUUUUGUAUAUAAGCCGCUUUCACAGUAUUUUAUCUGCUACUAUCUUUCUACUAUUAGUUGUCAGUGAGCUGGAAGUGUGUAUGUACCAAUAAAUGGAGCUUAUUUUUA